UAAAAAUUCGCGGUAAUGCCUCCUUUAAACCGGAAGCGGUUUUUGCGCAUGUCUUUCGCCGGUGCAAUUUUCUCUUCCUGUUACCAGAUUGAACUUGUUUUUGAAAAAGAAGAAAUGCCUCAGGAGGAUCAUCUUGGAGGGGAGUGGGCCCACAGUACUCUCAACCGGGCACAGAUGAUGGGACAGGAUGUUCUUCAGCGCACAAUGAUGCGGAAGAUAGAAUGGCCUUCCCAGAAACUGGACCAGAAAAAUCCUGUUGAGGACCCAUUGGUAUAUACAACAGUGGAUGACGCAUUUGCCUCUGUGCUACAGUUCAUGUCUCAGACAACCAGGCAGUGUCAGAGGUUUUACAAGAGCAAUGAGGAGAGCAUCCAGAAUCAGUGUGAUGAAGUGCAUUGUAGCCGCUUCCAUACCCCAGCUUAUACAGAGAUCCAACACAAAAACCCACUACAGAGGACAGAGGAUGUCCAUGUGGUUGUCCAUCCUGGGACAUAUGCUGUCACCGCUGGGUCCUGGGGAACACAGCAACAACAGACACACAUGGUCAAUGUGAAUCAAGGACAGACAGUCAGUCUUGACUUUUGUAUGUGACAACGGCCAGCUUUAGUAGUCAUCUGUGAAUAUAGGACAUAUUCAUCUUUCAUAAGAUGUCUUGUUGUUCGACUGAUCUGUGAUUUUUUUAUGACUGGAGGAAAACUUUUGCCACCUGCUAUUGCAAUCAUUGAGAGUAAAACAUUCAAUAGUGUUGUGCAAUUUCUUGUGGAUGAGAUUCAUGUCAGGUUCUGAUUCAGCCAGAACGGUGUAUAGAGAUAUUAACUGAGGGAGAGAAACAUGCAAUACUUUUCUAUACAAAAUUAUCAAUUAUUUCAAGACAAGUGUAAAAAAAAUGCAUUCAUUAUUUUAACAGCAUUUUAUAAAAAUAAAUCUUUUGAUUCUAUUAACUUUAAAGUGUAAUAGUUUUUGAUAAUGAAACAUGAUGGGUUUUGUGUAGUUAGUAAAUGUUAUCUCCAAAUGUUCAAUAUUUAAAAACAUUCUUCUAAGUUGGUGAAUAUUUGGUGAUUUUUACUUAUUUGUAAUGGAAACCGAUAUUAUUAGCAUGUAUUAGCAAGGAAAUUUGUGAGAAAGUGUGUGUGGGUUUUUUCUGUAUAAAUGUGGUUUGUUCAGUCCUGAGAAGAAAAUCAGGUAAAAGCCCUACAAGUAUAGCUGUGAUUUAGAAGGUUUCAAUCCAAAUACACAUGAUGAGUGAUUGAUCAAUUUAUGUUUUAAAGAGCACACAUCUGCUCUAAAUAUUAUUUUAUUGAUAUUUAUAAUUAUAUGGUAUUUAAAUUAUUUUGACUUUGCAGAACAUUCCUAUUCUCAAUUCUUGUUUAUCUUUAAAGCAAUGACUGAAUUUCUCUUCAUGCAUUCAUAUAUCUAUUCUAUUUUACCUAAACUUCUUUUUGACAAUCUUUUAUCUGCAGGGUCACUACGUCUUUACUAAUAAUGAUCUUGUCUUCUGUUAUAUGUUUGCAGGAUGAUCAAUCUAUAGGUUAGCUGAUGUUGGGAACUUUUAUUCUCCUUACUUUUUUCUUGGAAUGUUUGUUUCUCAAAUUUACUUUGAAUGCAUAAUUUGUGGAAUUUUACAGUGUCUAGAGAAUUUCUUAUCUACUUAUUUGCAAUAAAAAUGUAUCAACAAUUA